AUGACCAUUGGAAGAAUAACAUCCAGAUGGCUUGCGACACAUUUCAACAAGUUAAACGUGGGAUAUAAGAUCGGCAGACACGGACGAAAAGAAAUGGAAGAUAAAGGUUGUCCAAUUCGCUUUUCUUUCAACUCUUGUCUUAAUCAACUCUCUGAUUCAAAACGAGAGGGUCAACUUUCGCUAGACGAGAAGAAAUUCCUACUGGCCGUUGAAAGAGGUGACUUAGCUUCAGUUCGUAGGUAUCUGGAGAAUAACAAUGACACGGGUUAUAUCGACAUUAACUGCGUCGAUCCUUUGGGCCGUUCUGCACUCUUGAUGGCUAUUGACAACGAGAACCUAGAGAUGCUGGAGCUUCUUAUUGAGUUUAAAGUGGAAACAAAGGACUCUCUACUACACGCCAUCAGUGAACAGUACGUAGAGGCGGUGGAAGUGUUGCUGGAACAUGAGGAGAGUAUCCAUACGGAGGGCGAACCCCAUAGUUGGGAGGCCAUAGACAGAGACACAGCAAUCUUCACUCCAGAUAUUUCACCCCUGACCCUUGCUGCACACCGAGACAAUUAUGAAAUUAUCAAAAUUCUGUUGGAUCGUGGAGCUACACUUCCAACCCCUCAUCACGUCCGGUGUGGGUGCAGGGAGUGUGUGGUAUCCAGCUCUGAAGACAGUCUGCGACACUCACGUUCUAGGAUUAACGCCUAUCUUGCUCUGGCCUCACCCUCACUCAUCUCGCUCUCUAGUAAAGACCCUAUUCUGACCGCCUUCGAACUGAGUUGGGAGCUGCGCAGGUUAAGUUUUAUGGAACACGAAUUUAAAAACGAGUAUCAGGAACUUUGCCGACAAUGUCAAAACUUUGCUACAGCUUUGUUGGAUCAUACUCGCAGUACGUACGAAUUAGAAGUGAUGCUUAACUACGACCCCAGCGGCCCUGCUUUUCACCAUGGUGAUCGUAUGCACCUGAGUCGUCUGAAACUGGCUAUCAGAAACAAACAGAAAAAAUUCUGCGCCCACCCCAACGUCCAGCAGCUUCUAGCGUCUAUCUGGUACGAAGGUCUACCUGGGUUUCGGCGGAAGAACGUUGUCUUUCAAGCCUUGGAAAUCUUCCGGAUUGGAGCUCUUUUCCCUCUCUACUCAACGGCCUAUAUUUUAGCUCCUCACUCCCGCUUUGGCCGAACCAUACGUCGGCCUUUCAUCAAAUUCAUCUGCCACUCCGCUUCUUACGUCACGUUCUUAUUUUUACUUAUUCUUGCGUCACAACGGGUCGACAGUGUGCUGAUUAGCUGGUUUGGUACGAAGAAGAAGAAACACGGUUUGGUGAAUGACCUGAUAACGAAACGAGGAGCACCUCCGACCAUCAUUGAAUGGAUGAUUUUAGCUUGGGUCGCAGGGUUAAUCUGGAGCGAGAUCAAACAACUAUGGGAAUCAGGACUUAUAGAAUAUAUCAGUGACAUGUGGAAUAUAAUUGAUUUUAUUACCAACUCCCUUUACGUGGCCACCGUGGCGCUUCGAGCGGUUGCCUACUUUCAGGUACAGAAAGAGAUAGUACUAAAUACUGGCACUGCUUAUCUUCCCCGAGAACACUGGGAUGCCUGGGACCCUAUCCUUAUAGCCGAGGGACUUUUCGCGGCAGCCAAUAUUUUUAGUUCGCUGAAACUAGUAUACAUCUUCUCGGUAAAUCCUCACCUUGGCCCCCUCCAGAUAUGUCUGGGCAGGAUGGUUAUUGACAUCCUCAAGUUCUUCUUCGUCUACACGCUGGUAUUAUUUGCUUUUGCCUGUGGGAUGAACCAGCUGCUAUGGUAUUACGCUGACUUGGAGAAGAAAACGUGCGAAGAAAGUCUGAGAUCCCCCCACAACAAAACAGAUACGGCAGCGUGUUUAACUUGGAGGAGAUUUGCCAAUGUGUUUGAAUCAUCACAGACGUUGUUUUGGGCAAGUUUUGGUUUGAUUGACCUCGACAGCUUUGAACUUACCGGGAUUAAAACCUAUACCCGUUUCUGGGGGAUGUUGAUGUUUGGUACCUACUCUGUAAUCAACAUCGUUGUCCUCCUGAAUCUUCUCAUCGCCAUGAUGAACCAUUCAUAUCAAAUCAUCUCGGAGCAUACUGAUAAGGAAUGGAAAUUUGCACGAAGUAAAUUAUGGAUGAGUUAUUUUGAAGAUGGCGCCACCGUUCCUCCUCCUUUCAAUAUCAUACCCACUCCUAAAAGUUUUUAUUAUCUCCUUUGCUGGUUUGUCAGGAAGAUCUGUGGGUAUUCACGAUCAGCGAAGAAACAAAAUCUUAAAACGUACCGGAAACAAGCCAAAAAAGCAAGUGAGCGAAAUCUCCGUUAUCAAACCAUCAUGAGAAAUUUAGUUCGUCGGUAUAUCACUAAAGAACAAAGGCGUGCCGACAAUCAAGGCGUGACUGAAGACGAUGUGAACGAGAUUAAACAAGAUAUCUCAUCUUUCCGUUAUGAACUAAUGGAGGUCUUAAAAAACAGCGGGUUUAAUACUUCAGUUGCAAAAGGACAAAUGCAGGGUGUUGGUGGCAAGAAAGGUAGACUAAAGGAGCGUCGUUUGAUGAAGGGGUUCAAUAUCGGUCUUGUCGAAGGGUCAACAAAACCAGACUUUAACCUAAACAUCUCUAAGAAACCAGCAACUAAUAGGUUUGUGAAAGUUGCACGAUUAGCCUGUGAAAAGAAAAGUGCGAAAAUUCGAAAAUGGAAUAACUUAAUGGAAGCCACAAAGAGUGCACGAACUACUCUUUAUAAAAGUCGAAGUGUGGAAUCCAAAAGUGAUCAAGAUUCUUCAGAUAACCACAGUCAGUGUGAAAUGUCUAGUGAGUCCAGUAUAAGUAUUGUUUUCCCUCCAGAUACCUGUAGUGCAGAGGAAGCUAAAAAGGAUCAACUCGAUACAGUCACUGAACUUCCUGACACAAAGCUAGCCCGAUUUGGACGGACAUUUGGAAGUUUGAAAUUUAACCCUUCGAAAUUAAAGCUUGUAUUUCAAGACCAAACUAAAUACUCAUCUCCCAGGGUUCAGUCAAUUCCCAAAUUAAUAGGAAUUCCAGAGAAUAAAGAAAUCGAUAGGACUGUUAGUGCUCCUGGCUCCACUGUGCCUCAAAUACCACCAAAAACGCGUUCUUUGGAUUAUCCAUCAGACGACAUUCCUUCUCCUUCAGAAACUUUCAUCCCCUUAAAACUAGUCGUCCCCGAAAGGAGUCUAUCUCCAAUUCCGAGUUACGCUGAAUCCAAAUUUGUUACUUCAGAAACUACGGUAAAAUCAAAGUGGGAUUUCUCAGAACUUCAAGAAAUUCCAAAGCAGGACCAAAGUGAACAGUAUAAUCUUUCAAAAAAACCUUUCUUUAUUUCCGCAGGAGAGGUAAAUCCCGUCAUUAGCUACUCUUGUAGCCGUUCUGGUGGCAGACCUAUUCCUGAAGUUGCCAAUAACAACUCAUCCUUGGAACAGCCUUUGAUGAAGUCCGAUAAAACAGUAAACGGGUCUAUUAAGAUCAUGUCGCAAUUAUUUGGAAUCGAACCAGCAGAGAAACAAAUGUCUAUGGGCUGGAUAUGAUAACUUAGCAUUAUCUAGUCUUGCAUUAAUAUUUUUGUACAGAGAUGAUAUACCAGCUAUGUAAAUAGGCUUAAUUAGGCACACGGAAAAUGUUUUCUUUGAAUCAAAAAAUAUCUUCUCAUCACUGGCGCUAUUAAUUUACAGUCAAUUAUUUUGAAAUAUACAGUAAUUGUUGCAAACUAUUGGUCUACAAUCAAGAAGAUACAACUAACUUGUUUUGUUAAUGUAAUUUUAGCUCUAGAACUCUUUCUACGAAAGAGGCCUGACAUUUAUUAUAGGAUCAUUAGAACAAUAUAUAUAUACGUAGAUCAUUAAAAAUCUGAAAAGUUUAUUCACUUUAUGUAACUUCUGUGUAUUUUAAACUAACAAAAACUUUACACACACUGCAACCGAGAAAGAUAAAACAGAAUAAUGGCUGAUUUUAGGAUUUGUGUAAGUGACAAUUUUAAACUACAGAGUGU